AUGUCUCAAGCAACAAUAAAAUCCUUCUUCAAAUCCCCUCACUUUGCCGUCGUAGGUGCAACCCCGGACCCUAACAAAUAUGGUCACAAAGGUUUCCCCUCCAUCCUCCCCCUCCACCACUGCCUCCAUCCUCCCACACUAACCCUGCCAAGUAUUUGCCUGGUACCUCUCCCACUCCCUCCCGGUAACCGGCAUAAACCCGCGCACCCCUACAGUCCUGACCCAUGAAACCCUGGCCUCACUCAAAGACCUGGCGGACCCGAAAGGACCCUUGGUGAGCUUCAUAACCCUACCGCAGGCGACU